AUGAAAUCAAAAGCAGAUUAUAAAAUAUUGUGAGUUUAUUACUAACUUUUCUAGAAAAUGGUAAAAUUGGUGGUAAAUUAGUUGGUAUUGUCACCUCGAGAGAUGUUCAAUUCCACGACAAUAA